AUGGCGUCUGUUCCGAGCCAGAGCCUAUGCCGGCUCUCCAUCUUGUUAUCAAUAGCUGUCCUGAGUCUUGGUACCUUGGCGCAGUCUAAUGAGCCUCUCGACACGAAAGUCUGGGCAGUUGUUGCAUACAUCAAUCAUGGCGAAAAGACUCCGACUCUUGGGGGCCUGGAUAACGUUCUCACGCCCAUGGGAGCCCGACAAAUGUGGAGGCAGGGGAGCGCUUUUCGCAAUCGCUACUUGGGUGCCGCCAAUUCUACGCUGUUUUCAAAUACAACGGAGAACACGACGAUCCAAGGCAUAGCCAAAGAUGCCAUUAGCAACAACCAGCUCACCAUCCUGUCGCAGACAGACGAGUGGGUGGCUGGAGGUGCUGUGGCCUUUCUCCAGGGCCUGUAUCCUCCUACAGAAGACUCGUUCAACAGCUUUGCCGGUGGUUCACAGAUGGCGGAGGACGUCGUGUCCGGCUCCGAUCCAGUCGAUUACCCUCUUGGCGGAUACCAGUAUCCCAACAUCGAGACUCUAUCUGCAUCAGACUCGGCAUCAGUAGCCAUCCAAGGAACCGUCGGCUGCUGGGCCUGGGAUACCAACGUAAAUACCAUGAAGCAAACCGAUCCCAUGGGCCGCUUCAGGUCAACCGAGAGCCUCUACAGGUCCCUCUUUGCCACGCCUCCCCUCAACGGCACUAUCCCCAAGGGCGCGAUCAACUAUUGGAAUGCCUACAACAUUUACGAGUAUGUCAACUACAUGAAUACUCACAACAAAACGGUCAAUUCCGGGUUAGGAUUCGCCAACACAACGGUGGGCGUGCUCAAGGCCAACGCUUUCGAACUGGAGCGGGCCAUGAACGGAGACAGUCUGAGCGGCGCCCCAAACUUCACUUACAACAACAUUACCACUAUCGCUGGCCAAACGCUUGGCAUGCAGAUUGCGAGUUCGCUCAGCGGUGCUACCAUAGGAAGUGACGGCAGCAAACUCACGCUCAUGUUCGGCUCCUUUGAGCCCAUGAUUGCCUUCUUCUCCCUCAUGGGGCUCUACUCCGGAUCCAAUCUGCUCUCUGGGCCGUUCUCCACUCUUCCGGAGCCCGGCUCGGCCAUGAUCAUCGAGCUGCUCGGCCAUCACUCCGGUGAUACAUCCGCACUUCCGGCGCCUCAGGAGUUCAUGGUUCGGUUCACGUAUCGGGCCAAUGCUGAUGUUGGAGAGCCCUUUUCCGUCUACCCUCUGUCUUCCAACAGCUCUGAUAGCCGGGUCAUCCCUUUCACAACCUUCUUGGGCCAGCUCCAGCGCUUCUCCCAGGACUCUUCUCAGUGGUGCAGCUCUUGUCGGGCCAUUUUUGCCUCGUGGUGCGACGCAAGAUCCACACCCUCCAUCUCUGACCCCUCAGAUCCAUCCAAGAAGUCGUCACUCAGUGCGCCUGUUGCUGGUGUCAUCGGCGCCAUGGUGACUCUAGCCGUGACUGGCAUCCUUGCAGUCGCUCUCUACUCCCUUGGAGUGUGUGCCUUUAGACGGCGUACAAGAAAGCCCAGCGUGCGCAGCGUUUCCCCGGGUGGCUUCAAAGGAACAGGCAAGCUGGCCAGCGACGCUGAUGUUACGGUUACGAAGCGUGGGAUGCAGCACGAGAGGAUAGGCAGCUGGGAACUGAAAGACGGCCCACCAACAGCAAGCGGUGCCAUGGUGAUGGGAACAGGACCGGAGAUGCGGCGGUCUGAGGACGACGAUGAGAUUAACCUGGCGACGGCGGAGCCGGUGAGAAUCCGCGAGACCGUCUAG